CCUAAUAAAAAUCUAACGCAGCCCACCAUCCCUUCGAAAAGUCCAAAACCAACACAGAGAGAUAUAUAAACCCUCAGAGAGCCGAAAAGAGAGAAUCACAGAGUUCACAACCUCUUCUUUCCUUUUAGUUUUCUAAUCAAACCUCGGCGGCCUACGAUACACGCACAAAACCACCUUUCAGGUAAUCAACUACUUUUUCUGUAUCUACUAUCACAAUGGCUGAUGGUCAAGAAGCUGAUAAGAACAUUGAGAUAUGGAAGAUCAAGAAAUUGAUCAAAGCUCUCGAAGCUGCUAGAGGCAAUGGUACUAGCAUGAUUUCUCUAAUCAUGCCUCCACGAGAUCAAGUAUCCCGUGUUACCAAGAUGUUGGGUGAUGAAUUUGGUACUGCCUCCAACAUUAAAAGUAGGGUGAAUCGCCAGUCUGUACUUGGGGCAAUUACAUCUGCGCAGCAAAGACUUAAACUUUACAACAAAGUUCCUCCCAACGGGCUUGUGCUCUACACAGGAACAAUUGUAAAUGAGGAAGGGAAAGAAAAGAAGGUCACAAUCGAUUUUGAGCCGUUUAGGCCAAUUAAUGCAUCCCUCUACCUUUGUGACAACAAGUUUCAUACAGAAGCCCUGAAUGAGCUUUUAGAAUCUGAUGACAAGUUCGGUUUUAUUAUCAUGGAUGGUAAUGGGACCCUUUUUGGGACUUUAAGUGGUAAUACCAGGGAGAUUCUUCAUAAAUUUAGUGUUGACCUUCCAAAGAAACAUGGAAGAGGUGGGCAAUCAGCUCUACGGUUUGCUCGUCUUCGAAUGGAGAAGCGCCACAAUUAUGUGAGGAAGACAGCGGAACUUGCCACUCAAUUUUACAUCAAUGCUGCCACCAGCCAACCCAAUGUUUCUGGAUUAAUACUUGCUGGGUCUGCUGACUUCAAAACUGAGCUUAGUCAGUCAGACAUGUUUGAUCCUCGUCUUCAAGCCAAAAUAUUAAAUGUGGUAGAUGUCUCUUAUGGAGGGGAGAAUGGUUUCAAUCAGGCCAUUGAGCUGUCAUCAGAGAUCCUGUCCAAUGUGAAAUUUAUUCAGGAGAAGCGCUUGAUAGGCAAAUACUUUGAGGAGAUUAGCCAGGACACUGGGAAAUAUGUUUUUGGUGUGGAUGAUACACUGAAAACUUUGGAGAUGGGUGCUGUUGAUAUACUUAUUGUAUGGGAAAAUCUGGAUAUUAAUAGGUAUGUGUUAAAAAAUAGCACUACCGGUGAGAUUAUCAUAAAGCACUUGAAUAAGGAGCAAGAGGCUGAUCAGAAUAAUUUCCGUGCUCCUGUUGGCACUGCUGAAUUAGAGGUGCAGGAAAAGAUAUCUCUGCUGGAGUGGUUCGCUACUGAAUACAAGAAGUUUGGUUGCACACUUGAAUUUGUCACCAACAGAUCUCAAGAGGGAUCUCAGUUCUGCAGAGGUUUUGGUGGGAUUGGGGGAAUACUCCGCUACCAGCUUGAUAUAAGAUCAUUUGAUGAGUUUUCUGAUGAUGGUGAAGCUUAUGAUGAUUCUGAAUAGCAAUCAAUCAACUUUCUGCCUAUGCUGGUGCAGGAGAACGGGGCAAAAAGGCCUGCACCAGUGCGCGAUAUGUCCGCGCUUGCUGCUGCUGCCCCUGAAUUAGAUCUCAAAACCCAUUGCAAAAUAUAUGAGAUUUCGGGAACACCCCAGAACCUUAAUCGGGUGAUUUUGGAUUAUUCCAAAAAAAUUACAGGAAAUAUGUUUCUUGGAGUGGAGCAGCUGGAAGAGUCACGUGAAGAAUAAUGAGCCGUAUUAGAGGUAUUUCCGUUGGUUCGGGGGAUCAUGUGAUGUAUGUUCUAUCUAUUGCUGAAUCAUGUUUGGUUGUUGACUGAUCGAGAUGAUCAAGACUUUGCGGUUCUCUGCUUCUGCAUGGUUGGAAACUGCUAUCGCUAGUAGUCGUGUGAUGUUUAUUCCUUUUAUCAUGACUUUCAAUUUAUGUUUUAUUUCUGUUGAAGACAUUUAUCGUUAGCAUAUAUGUUUGGUGGAUGCAAUCCUAAUUUCGAUACUACAAUAAAAUAAUAUUUGUAUUA